CCAAGCGCGGGUCCCACGGUUGUGUCUGUCCACGAUACAGCGAGGACAGCGCUGAAAAGUGAGAUACAGCACUACAACUCUACCCGCAGUGUUGUUUGUCCCCGGCAUAUUCACAUGCGUGGAUCCUCCUCAUGUCUCGGAGGAUAGAUAGAAGCCCCAGUCUCGAGCAGCUCCUAGUGUGUGUUUCUCUCCGAACAGAGCCAGAUGCAUGGGUUCGAGGGCGGAGUUUCCGAUGGCAUUACAGCAGGGUGACAGCUCAAGUGAAACACACUCUCCCAGGGAUCUGGUCGAUGAUAUUGGAGACCUCCACCUCUGCCCGCUACUGGAGAUGGAAUGGUCCCGCGGGUACCUGUACAUGGCACGACACAUUCCCCAAUGCAUGGAUAUCACACUGCAGGAUUGUGCAGAAAUUUGGGGUGAGAUGCGCGGGAAAAGAAACGCCACAGGUGCUGCAAUCGUGGUCUGGUUCCGCGCCCGCAGAUCUCUCACCUGCCCUGCCCUGCUCCAUCUCUACAUCUCUACAUACCUAGGUAUAGUAUACAGUUAUUCCUCCGCUUUUUGCGAGCAAGAUGGUGGCGUCUCCAGCGCUGUCAUGCGGGUUGGGAUCUCGAGAUUCUGCAUGCCCGAGGAUAUUGACAGAUAUAUCCUCACGAACACCCGGCCCAAUCGACAUCCAUAGCUUCUCGAUGGCGAUGCGAGGUCAUCGUCUCGACCAGCGC